AUGAUUACUCUACCAUUCGAAGUUAUACUCGUAUUGCUAGUGGCCGUCCCAUGGACGGCUGUUGGGCAGAACCUCCCCGUCACAGGGGUCAGGUCCGGUAUCAACGCCCAGACAGGCGAGGUGCCGGCUAGGAGAGACAUCAAUAGCCUCUACGACGAAGGAGGACCACAAUGGGAUCUGUACGUAGGGGCGCUCACGGCGAUGCAGGAUGCGAAUGAAACGGACCCCGUAUCAUUCUUCCAGAUUGCCGGUAUUCACGGGCAGCCGUACAUGGCUUGGUCUGGGGGCGGGCCGCAGACAGGAGCAGACGCAGGGUAUUGUCCGCACAAUCAAAUGCUAUUCGGCACCUGGCAUCGUGCGUAUCUUUCACUGUAUGAGCAAGUCCUUGUGCAGCAUGCCAAACGACUCGCCGCCGCCUACCCAGCCACAUCAAGAAGACAGUAUGUCGAAGCUGCCGAGGAUCUACGUUUAGCAUAUUGGGACUGGGGUGCCAACUCCAACGUACCUCCAGUGAGCGCACUGCCAACGGUUGUCAUCAACAGAUCGGACAACGGUACCCUUCGUCAGACCACAGUCCGGAACCCUUUCUUCAGGUACACAUACCCAGAAUCUGCACUUCAGGGCGACUUUGGCAAGUUCGACGGGAAAAACUACACAAAACGAUGUGUCGAUGAUGGGCAAAGCUUCCCAGAGUCGGCGAAUGACAUUCUCUCGGGGUUCAAUCUCAAGGAGAAGGUGUACAACGUCUUUCUAAAAGCGACCAGCUUUGACGAAAUGGUCUCGGCGCAAUCUCAGGGAGCCAACUUUGAAGGCCCUCAUGGCGAGGUGCACGUUGGAGCAGCCUGUGGCCAAGACCUCGUGUACUUGUCAACCUCAGCCUUUGACCCCCUGUUCUGGCUUCACCACACCAAUGUAGACCGCCUCAUAGCCUACUGGCAAGCUCUUCAUUUCGAGAACGCGACCAUGCACUUCUCGUACCCCUCGAAUCACCUGUUUGCGACGCCUCGAGGAACCAUCACCACACCAGAAUCGCCAAUGAUGCCAUUCAUCGGUAGAGGAGGAGAGCCUCUCACCAGCGAGUCGGUGACGCAAAUCCGUGAUUGGGGGUACACGUACGCGCCCAUGCGGUUCUGGGAGGAGGCGCCUGGAGAGACGAAAAUGGCGGUCAGCAGGACCGUGAAUAGUCUCUAUGGUCCGCAGGUACCUAACUCGUUCCGGGGAGUGAAGAGACGCAAAGCUGCACCCAGGACGGAGUACUUCGCCAAGGUUCAAGUUGAGAGGAGUGAGCUGGAAUUGCCGUGCCAGGUGCAAUUGUUCAUGAACGGUGGCCUCGCCGGUUCCUUCACCUUAUUAGACAUGCCGAAGCAAGGUAAAAGUUACGACCAGAUUCCGUUGAGGAGGGCUAUGAAGUCGGCUAGCAUAGGAGGGUCUUCGACAAAAGCAGUUCUGGAGUCGAUCGAUGAUAACUUGGAGGUCGUCAUCAGGAAGCUGGACGGGACGACGAUCUCACUCGAAAGGGUGCCUAGUCUGAAAAUUGAGUUGGAAGACGUCGAGGUAAUCCCUCCUGCAACGCUGAACGAGCUUCCAACCAUUGGGAAGUCGAGCAGGCGGACUGCAGUUGCUCGCCCUCCAGCUGUUAUUGGAUAA